AUGGACAACAACAGUAAUAAUAUCAAAGAUAUUCCAUCUUCAAUACUGAUCACUUCCAACUCAAAUAAUAAUAAUAAUGAUAGACAUAGGAUACAUCAAGGACAUUAUAAUGAUACAUCAGGUAUCAAUCAUUAUCCAAUAGAUGAUGAUUCACAGUUUGAUGAUGGUGCAUCAUUCUUCUUCAACAACAAAGAUAAUCUACAUACUCCAACACAAUAUACAUCAUCCAAUACCAACCCAUAUAAGAUACAUAAUCCAGAACCAUUGACCAACUUUGAGUUGGAGAAGAUUACCAAAGAUGUCAAUGAGUCAUUAAAUGAACACUCUGACUUUGCAAUCAGUCUAUUAAUUUUCCUUCUAGGGUUCUUCCUAGUUGUACCAUGGUUCUUUGGAGUGUUAUAUACCAAGUCUACGAGUCGGACAGCAGUUCGACUAGCAUGGGCAUCGAUAACACUUGGAAUAGUUAGUCUAUUUAUGAUUAUAUUCAUCUUUUGUUUCGUUGAAGAGGUGGAAUUGGAAGAGAAA